AUGGGUAGAAGUUCUACUCGCCGCAAAAGGUAUGCAGAAAUGCCAGACAUAGAGAAAAAUGACCUUCUACGUCGUCGAAGAGAAGCUAGGGCCGUCAAGAAGAAAGAAAAGAGUUUUCCCUCGCGUAUUCGCAAGGUUCCACUUGGUUAUGUGGAAACAGGUGUUUCUUUCCCUGAAACACUUGCUGUCCCAUGCGAUAGUGGAAACCAACCUCUUAUGCAUGGCCAAAUGUUAGAAACAGGGGGUUUUAAGGACGGCCAUGAUAGCACCGAUGUUAUUGCUGAAGCGUUACAGUACAUGUCAUCUCAUGAAUCUGCUUCCGGUUGUCUCCAUGGUCAUUCUACUUCCCCUACUAGGGAAAUGCAUUCUUCACCAGCAACGGGUAUACUAGGAGGUACUAGAUCGUCUUUGCUCUCUUCUCCACGGAUUGACCCUUCCGUGUUGUUGUUCUGUACGAGUAAAAAAAUAAAGCUUAUUUUCCGCCCUGCAGAACAUCCGCUCGCUGGUACGCCUAAUCUUAGGAGCUGUCCACCUACACCCCUCCAUGGGAAAAGGAAAAUCUUAGGCUCUCAUUCUCUUACUACUACGCCUGAACUUCAUCUAUUUAACAAAAAGAAUAGGCGCUCUGCCUCUGUAUCAGUUAUUGAUGACCUAACAGAUUCUCUGAAAACUCCUUACUGUGACAAAGAGCUCUUGCCUAUGAACACUCUUUUUGAAAAUGUAGUUCAGUAUUGUCCUUUUACUGGAUUUUCCAUGAAUUCUGAUAAACUUUCUUCCCCUCUUCGUGAGUGCCAGAGUUCUGGAAAAAAAACUGCUUACUCUGAACCUCUUGUGUUACCUCACCAAACAAGCAGCUUUCCUCUUCUGUAUGCCGGAGCCAGGCACCGCUUUUGCACUGACAAACAAGUCUUACCUGAUAAUGAGCUUUUUGAAAAUAUUGUUAAGUUCUCUCCUUUGCCUGAUUCUUACAAUGACUUUGAAAGAAAUCAGUCUGCUUUAAAUGAUGUCCAUAGAGAAUUAUAUCUGCAAAAUGAAACACCUAUCUCUGAGAAACACUCUUCUGCACCAGCUUCUACUUCUCAAGUUACAGAAAUCCCUUCUGUUCGAGCUAGAACGUCUAACAAGUCUGCCAAAAAAACCCGUGUUCAAGGGAAAAAGGGUCACCAUCGUAGUUCUUCUGCCCUUCUAUCUAAAGAUCAGCCUUCUGGUCAAAAUCAUGGUUCUCAUGGACGUGUCAGGAAGCAGGCUCCCGCUAGACCUCGCAGAGGUCGUCAACAGGGUCUUUUCCAGCUUGAUGAGAUCCCUCAUGAAGCCACUACCCUUCCAAAUGUUCCUAAUUGUGAACACUGUGGAGCUAAAACGUUCUAUUUGGAACCUCCUAGCUUUUGUUGUUCUGGCGGAGAGAUCUCUUUAGUUAUUCCAGCAAUGCCUUAUGAUCUUAAGCGCUUGUUUAUUGGAAAUGAUGAAGAAAGCACUCACUUUAGAAACAAUGUUCGAACCUACAAUAAUAACCUGGGAUUUACGUCCUUUGCUGCAAGAUAUGACCCAGAAUUGACCAAAAAUACGAAAGGUGUUUAUACUUUUCGUAUUCAAGGCCAAGUCUAUCACUUCCUCAACGGUUUGACGCAGUCAACCGACAAACCAUCUGGAAUUCAAUUCUACUUCUUUGACACUGAUGAAGAAUUAGCAAAGAGAACUGGAAACUCUGAAAAGUUGCGCGAAGGCACUUUAAAAUUGCUUAUGCGCAUACUUUUGAACAAUCCUUACGCCAAAUUCUUUAAAAGUCUCAGGGAUAUACCAAACCUUGAUAGCUAUAGGAUCGUUCUUAACUGUUACCCUGGUUUAGACCAGCGCGUCUAUAACCUGCCAUCUACCUCGCAAGUUGCUGCUAUAUGGACUGAAGAUGAAAAUGAAACUGUAGACAGGAGUGCUCAUAUUCAGGUUUACACUCACUCGCAUACCAGCCAUAGAAUUAAUCAUUGCUAUGGCUGUUAUGACCCUUUACAGUAUCCUAUUCUUUUUCCUCGAGGUGAAUGUGGAUGGCACCAUGGUAUUAAGAGACUAUAUAAGAGGAAAAGAAAUGUGGACUGCUGUGAAGGCGAUUCUAAUGUUGACCCUUCUUCUGUUAGCGACCCUUCACACUUAAUAGACUUAGAGCGCAGAGCUGUUGAUCGAGGGAAGCGCGAGGGAGACACGGUGUCAGCUAGAGAGUAUUAUUGCUACAGAUUUCAAAUAAGAGAUGAUGAUGAAUCAAUGUUAUUGCACUGCCUUAGGCUUCUACAACAAUUUUCUGUUGAUUCUUAUGUGAAGAUAGAGACUUCAAGGUUGGACUUCCAUAGGCAUCAACAAAAUGUGAUAAGAUCGGAGAUCCUCCAAGGUGUCUUGGACAGUGUUUCUAUAGGGCAGUCCGAGGGGUCUAAAGUCGGUCGGAAGAUUGUUCUCCCAUCCUCUUUUAUAGGUGGUCCGAGAGACAUGAGACGCCGGUAUCUUGAUGCAAUGGCGCUCGUUCAGAAAUAUGGUAAACCUGAUCUUUUCCUUACCAUGACCUGCAAUCCAGCAUGGAAAGAAAUUCAGGACAAUCUAAAGUAUCAUGAAAAGCCACAGGAUAGACCAGAUCUUCUAGCCAGGGUUUUUAGAGCUAAAUUUGAGAUGCUCAAAUCUGAAAUUUUGAAUAAACAGAUUUUUGGUGAGGUCGCAGCAUGUGUCCAUGUUAUUGAGUUUCAAAAGCGCGGAUUUCCUCAUGCUCAUUUACUCCUGAUCUUAAAACCUCAGUCCAAGCUGCUUAAUCCAGAAUCAUAUGAUAGGGUGGUGUGUGCGGAGUUGCCCGAUCGUGCUCGCUACCCUCACUUAUACAAUCUUGUUGUCAAACAUAUGAUCCACGGCCCCUGUGGAACUAUGGAUAAAACUUGUCCUUGUAUGAGAGACGGUACCUGCAAAAGCCACUAUCCUAAAGAUUUCUGUCCGCAUACAAUUCAUGCUGAAGAUGGUUAUCCACAUUAUAGAAGAAGGGACGAUGGCAGAAAAAUAAGGGUCCGAAGGUUUACUCUCGAUAAUAGGUGGGUUGUCCCUUACAACCCAUACCUCCUUGCUUUGUUUGAUUGCCAUAUAAACGUCGAGAUCUGUUCUACUAUAAAACUGGUGAAAUACUUGUACAAGUAUGUGUUUAAAGGUCAUGAUCAGGCCUCCUUUAAGAUUGUGACUGAUGGCGGUCCUCCUGAUAUUGAUGAAAUUAAUGAGUUUCAAAAGGGCAGAUAUAUUUCGGCUCCCGAAGCUUUUUGGCGUAUCUAUGAAUUCCAUCUAAAUGAGAUGACUCCAUCUGUUUAUACACUCCAAGUUCAUCUUCCGAAUCAGCAGUUCGUUUCCUUUGAUAAAAACUCAGAUCUCUUGCUGUUAUUAGCCAAGGCUGAUUUUUCGAAAACUAUGUUAACUGAGUUUUUCAAAAUGAAUGCAACAAAUGCAGUCGCUGAAAAUCUUAAAUGCUUCUAUAGAGAUUUCCCUCAGCAUUUCGUUUGGACUCCGAAGUACAAACACUGGACAGAAAGGAAACGUCGAAAAGUGAUAGGUAGACUUGUCAGUGUUAGUCCAACUGAGGGAGAGCGGUAUUAUCUGCGCCUUCUCUUAACUCAUGUUCUUGGGCCAACCUCGUUUGAUGACCUCUUAACUGUGAACGGCAAAAAAAUGAACUCGUUUAGAGAUGCUGCUUUUGCACUUGGUCUAUUACAUUCUGAUUCGUAUAUAGAAGAGACACUUGAAGAAGCUGUUGCUUUCCAGAUGCCAUCUUCGCUCAGGCUUUUAUUUGCCACUCUUCUGGUAUAUUGUUCUCCAACUAAUCCAAAAGUGUUAUGGGACAAGUUCGAACCAGAUUUCUCUAGAGAUUAUGAAAGACAGCAGCAAUACCAUCCAUGCUCUCCCGAAGAAAUUAGGGGCCUUGUUCUGACUGACAUUAACAGAUUGCUUGGGCAGAUGGGUAAAAAUCUUACUGACUACCAAUUGGUACCACGCGAACUCAUGAGUACAUAUACAACGUGCUUGACAAAGGAAGUUGAGUACGAGAGAAACAUCAGCAUACUGCCGGAGGAUAUAUUAUUGGCUUCCAAAUUAAAUUCUGAGCAGAAAUAUGCUUAUGAUUUAAUCUUGGAAGCAUGUUUCUCUUCUCGUGGCCAUUCUUUCUUUAUUGAUGGCCCGGGGGGUACCGGUAAGACAUUUUUGUACCGGUCACUACUCGCUACUCUGAGAUCACAGGGUCAUAUCGCCAUCGCUGUGGCGACAUCUGGAAUUGCAGCUUCUAUCCUACCUGGAGGAAGAACUGCACAUUCAAGAUUUAAAAUACUCCUUGAUUUUUCAAAGAGUAAAACUUGCCAACUUAGCAAGCAGGGUAGCGCUGCAAAGCUGUUGUCUGAAUCCAAAUUGAUCCUGUGGGAUGAGGCUUCAAUGGCCAGACGAGAAACUAUUGAAGCAUUUAAUGAUUUAUUGAGCGAUAUUAUGGAAUCUAGCCUGCCUUUCGGAGGCAAGGUUGUCGUUUUUGGUGGAGAUUUUCGACAAACACUGCCUGUAAUUGAGCAGUCAACAAAAGAAGUCCUUUUGCAGUCAUGCUUACUUAAUUCUCCUAUAUGGCCUGAACUUCAUAAGUUGAAGCUGUCGGAAAACAUGCGAGCUAUAUUAGAUCCUCAGUUUUCAGAAUUCUUGUUGAGUGUGGGCGAGGGAAAGGAACCUGUUGACCUGAAUAGCGAAAUAACUCUCCCCACAGAUUUAGUCAUUCCUUAUUAUGAUAAAGAAUAG